AAAAUCCCAUUUUCUCGUGUUUGCUCACUCACGCUCCUCUGUAAUAAACUCUCUCUGCAAAACACUAUUAAGAAAGGUGAAAAAGAAAAAAAAAAGGACUGUUUUUCUCUUCCCAGCAGAAAGUUUGCUGCUUUUGAGGGCCUCAUCGCCGUCUUCAGAAAAAUUUAUUUUCUUGAAGUGCAUUUAUAAAGGCUACACAGAUUUAGUGUAGCUUUUUUUCUAUCUGGGCUGCAUUAAUUUAAAGCUAUUUGCUAUUGUUCAAUGAAGAAAUCCCCGACGUUUUAAGAAAAAGAAAAAAAAAAAAACAGAAAAAUAGCUUUUUCUUAAUCUUUUCAAUUCAAAAAAAGAGUGCUUUUUUUUUCUGGGUGCUCGUUGUUCCAUUACCUCCGAGGUUUUGGGUUUCUUGAAAGGGACUAAUCAAAACAGUAAGAUCUACCCGAAAAAAAAAAUGUUGACUGAAAAACAAGCAGAGGAAGCCAUAGUCUCCAGCUUCAACGACGCCGACGGCGGCGCCAAGGCGGAGGAGGCGGCGUCGGAGGCGGAGGAGCAGGGGAUUUUCAGCGUCAAGAACAUGCUCUGGCACGGCGGCUCCGCCUGGGACGCCUGGUUCAGCUGCGCCUCCAAUCAAGUGGCCCAAGUUCUUCUGACCCUGCCGUACUCUUUUUCGCAACUGGGCAUGCUUUCCGGCGUCGUUUUCCAGAUAUUUUACGGGCUGAUGGGCAGCUGGACGGCGUAUCUUAUAAGUGUUCUGUAUGUCGAAUAUCGGAGCAGAAAGGAGAAAGAAGGUGUUAGCUUCAAGAAUCAUGUUAUUCAGUGGUUUGAGGUGCUGGACGGCCUGCUCGGCCCCAACAUAUACUACAUUAAUGACCACCUGGAUAAAAGGACAUGGACUUACAUAUUUGGGGCUUGCUGUGCAACUACUGUGUUUAUUCCCUCUUUUCACAACUACAGAAUUUGGUCCUUUUUGGGCCUUGGAAUGACCACUUAUACUGCUUGGUACCUCACUAUUGCAGCUAUUGUUCAUGGCCAGGUUGAAGAUGUGCAACACUCAGGCCCCAAAAAGCUGGUUCUGUAUUUCACAGGGGCUACAAACAUACUCUACACUUUUGGUGGCCAUGCUGUUACUGUUGAAAUUAUGCACGCGAUGUGGAAGCCCCGAAAGUUCAAGUACAUUUACCUUUUGGCCACAUUGUACGUUUUCACUCUUACCUUACCAUCGGCCUCUGCAAUGUAUUGGGCGUACGGAGAUCAACUUCUCACUCAUGCUAAUGCAUUCUCUCUCCUCCCGAGGACCGGUUGGCGUGAUGCUGCCGUUGUUCUCAUGCUCAUCCAUCAGUUCAUCACGUUCGGGUUCGCGUGCACGCCAUUGUACUUUGUUUGGGAGAAAGUAAUCGGAAUGCACGACACGAGAAGCAUAUGCUUGAGGGCGCUUGCUAGACUCCCAGUUGUGAUACCGAUUUGGUUUUUGGCCAUAAUUUUCCCCUUUUUCGGCCCGAUCAACUCAGCUGUCGGAGCCCUAUUAGUGAGCUUCACCGUUUACAUUAUCCCAUCGCUUGCUCAUAUGCUCACGUAUAGGAAAGCCUCCGCUCGACAGAAUGCGGCCGAGAAGCCGCCGUUUUUCAUGCCGAGCUGGACGGCAAUGUACGCCGUGAACGCCUUUGUGGUGGUUUGGGUCUUGGUAAUCGGGUUCGGGUUUGGAGGUUGGGCCAGCGUUACAAAUUUUGUGAGGCAAGUGGACACAUUUGGGCUUUUUGCAAAGUGUUACCAGUGCAAGCCUCCGCCAGCGGCCCACUCAACACCGCCACACCAUUAAUGGGCUUGGGCUUAGAAAGAAAGUCAGUACAAAGAAAUGGGCUUUUGUUUUUUUUUUCUUUUUCUUUUUCU